AUGCAUGUGGACGAAAGUUCAUACUCUAGCUACGACAUGAUCAUUGGACGUGAUCUACAAAACUCACUAGGCAUUGACAUCCUUUGGUCCAAACAAUCACUAAUGUGGGACGGAAUCUCAGUUCCCAUGAAAGGUUACACAGAACGUUCUGAUGAAAACGAAGACGAACUUCAAAACAUGUUUGAAGAGAUCAUGGAAAUAGAACAAGAAGAAGAACUAUUUGGCGCGUCUAAACUUCUGGACGCUAAAUACGAAAAGGCAGAUAUUAACGCGGACGUUGAACAAAUGAAUCAUUUAUCAGCGCACGAGAAAACCGCGUUGAAAAGUUUGCUCUAUAAAUAUGAAGAAUUAUUUGACGGCACUUUAGGCACGUGGAACAUUCCGCCAGUUGACUUCAAACUGAAACCAGGAAGUAAACCAUUCCACGCAAAACCUAUGCCGAUUCCACUCAUACAUAGAGACACGAUCCGCAAAGAAAUUGAUCGUUUAGUUCGCAUUGGCGUUCUCAAAAAGGACACUUCCAGCGAAUGGAGCGCUCCUUCAUUUAUUGUCCCCAAAGCGAACGGACAAUGCCGUCUUGUCACGGACUUUCGAGUCUUAAACUCAAUGCUCCAAAAACGAGUAUACCCACUUCCGAAAAUUUCCGAUUUACUUACGGAUAUCAGCGGAUUUACUUAUGCCUCCGCCAUUGACUUGAACAUGGGAUAUUGGAACGUCCGUAUUACUCCCGAGUCAUCUAAGCUCUGUACUAUCAUCUUACCCUGGGGCAAAUAUAGUUACCAAAAACUGCCCAUGGGCGCAAUGCCCUCAGCUUACAUUUUUCAAGAAGCUAUGAAUCGCCUCAUGGAAGGCCUCGGCGACGUCUUAACGUACUUAGACGACGUCCUCUGUGUCACCAAAGGUGACUUCGAAGACCACCUUCAACGACUAGAACUAUGUCUCCAACGGCUCCACAAAGCCGGCCUUAAGGUUAAUUUACCCAAAUCUGAGUUCGCAACUCAACAAUUUAAAUACUUAGGCUACUUGGUUUCACGCCAAGGCAUUCGCCCUAUUGCUUCGAAAGUGGAAGCGAUUCAGCGGUUGAAACCCCCAAAAACUUUGAAACAAUUACGCUCAUUCCUUGGCAUGCUCAAUUAUUACCGUGAUAUGUGGGAAAAGCGCUCACAUAUGUUAGCUCCAUUUACUGAACUAAUCAAAUCAAGCAAAAAAGGACGUCCAUUAAUAUGGAAACAAGAACACACAGAAGCGUUCGAACAUGUGAAACGAGUGAUUGCAAAAGACACUAUGCUUGCAUUCCCUGAUUUCUCCAAACCUUUCACAAUACACACUGAUGCUAGCGACUUCCAGCUUGGUGGAGUGAUUUCCCAAGAAGGAAAACCUAUUGCUUUCUAUAGCAGAAAAUUAAAUCCUACGCAAAGGAACUACACAACAGGAGAACGCGAAAGCCGCAACAUCUUGCUUGGUCGCAAAAUUAUAGUAUAUACCGACCACAAAAAUCAUACAGACCCGAAAACCAUUUCUCAAUCCCCAAGAAUCCAACGAUGGAGAUGGAUCAUUGAAGAAUUCGGGCCAGACAUAAGACAUAUCGAUGGAUCUGCCAAUGCGGUCGCCGAUUGCUUAAGUCGUAUGGACGCAGACUUCAGGACGAAAUAUGACGAAUUCGACGAAGUCCAACUAGCUGAAAGGUUCGACAUGGACUCGCUGGAAGGUUAUAAGGAGGAGAAAUAUCAAUUCCCCCUCGACACCGGUCUAAUCGCAGAGUAUCAAAAGAAACAAGAUAAAACUCUAAUGCGACAUUUACAAAACCAUCCAGAAUACUUUUCCAAAGAGGUGCAUGGCACCAAAAUAAUCUUAUUCCACAAACAGAUUUAUGUUCCUAAGCCACUACAACAGCAUGUUCUACAGUGGUAUCAUGACAUGUUACAGCACCCUGGCGUAACACGAACUGAACGAACCAUUCGCCAACACCUAACUUGGCCAGGUCUGCGACACGACGUCGAGACUCACGUAAAGCAUUGCCGUAAAUGCCAACUAUGUAAAAAUCCAAAACUUAAAUACGGCAAACUGCCAGUAAAAGAAUUUACCUAUAAGCCUUGGAACACCAUUUGUGUCGAUCUUAUCGGUCCUUACACCGUAUCUACAAAAGACGGAAAAGAUAUCAAACUACACGCCAUGACGAUUUGUGAUCCAGCGACUGGAUGGUUCGAAAUUGUAGAAAUUGAUGACAAAAAGUCACUUACUACAUCAACGAUGCUCGACCGCGUAUGGUUCUCACGAUAUCCAAGACCUCAAGAAUGCAUUUUCGACAAUGGUAAAGAAUUCCUUGGCGAAGAAUUCCAAGAACUACUAAAAAGUUAUGGAAUCAAACCGGUCCCUACAACAGUCAAGAACCCUCAAGCUAAUUAUGUGGAACGGAUCCACCAAACGCUCGGAAACAUGCUCCGUACAAACGAAUUAGAGGAAUUUGACUUCGAUUAUAAUGAUCCUUGGACCCAAAUCUUAAGCAACUGCGCUUGGGCUAUUCGCUCCACUAUCCAUACUGUCAUGGAAGCGACACCCGCUCAACUAGUCUUAGGUCGUGAUAUGCUUUUCUACCUGACAUUUAAAACAAAAUGGUGCGAUAUUAAAAGCAAACAUCAACAUGCCGCAAAUAAGAAUAACACACAAGAAAACUCCAAACGCCAGCCACACAAAUACCGCGUGGGUGAUUUGGUCCUCCUUGAUCACGGCAAAUUGCAACAAAAACUCCUGCCCAAACAAACAGGUCCAUAUCAAGUACUCCGUGUCUACGACAAUGGCACAAUCAAACUACGACGUGUCUUCCAUGCACAACGGGUAAGUCUCCGACGAUGCGUUCCUUACUACACCCCCAUCACCGCUUGA